GUUGAGUACUUUUAUAAGUGUUGUUAUAAAGAGUUUUUUCCUUUGAAACAUUUAUUUUUGUUUCCUAUAAUUUUAGUUUGGUUUUGGUUAUGGGUUUUUGGAGAUGUGAAUUUGAGUUUUGUGUGGAAAUAAAUUUGGUUGUUAAUUAUGUCUCAAAUUAAGAAUAUUAGUGAUCAAAAUUGUAUUAGUAGUAAGGAUCAUCAUCAUCAUCAUCAAGGUAUUAAGCUCUUUGGAAGAACAAUUCCCUUAUCACAUAAUCAAAUUCCAACCAAUCCUCAAUUCAAGGAUUGUAAAAGUGAUCAUAUAACCAAAUCAAAGAUAGAGAGCUCUGUUGAAACAAAUUCAGAAGAACAAGAUCAAAAAGUGUUUAAGAAACCAGAUAAGAUAAUUCCAUGUCCAAGAUGCAAAAGUAUGGAGACAAAAUUUUGUUACUUCAACAACUACAAUGUCAAUCAACCUAGACAUUUUUGUAAAAAUUGCCAGAGAUAUUGGACAGCUGGCGGCUCGAUGAGGAAUGUUCCUAUAGGGGCAGGACGGCGAAAGAACAAACACUUAGCCUCUCAGUUUCGUCAGAUAAUGGCAUCUGGGGAAGGCGCGCGCAUCACUAGUAAUAGUGAUGAGCCGUCAAAUGGAAAAGUCUUGACAUUUUGUCAUAAUGGUGAUGAUUCAUCGUUGGAAGGAAAUGUGACCGAGCAACAUGCUGCUCGGUCUCAUCCUCCUCAACAAUGUUACCCUGUUGUGUCAUGGGAUCCAACACAACAUUCUCAUCAACAAUUUGUUGUGUCAAAUCCCAGUGAUUCAAGCCAGGUUCAAUGGCUUGAAGCGCCGAUUUUGUCUGUUCCAACAACUGUUCCGAUCCAAUUUGUACAAGCAGCCUCGUACUGGGGCUGUAUGCCUAUUUGGGCUGCAGCUCGGGGGAAUGUUUCAGUUUUGCCUACUCUUGGCAAACACUCUAGAGAAGAAUCCGAGGAGGGUGUUUUGGCCCCGAGUGAGGCUUCGAAGAAUCAAAUUCAAGGCGGUUUAGGGUUUGAAUUUGACAAAGAAAAUUCUGUUUACAAAAAAUUAGCACAUAGUAAAAUAGAAGGAAAGGAUAAUGUAUUAUAUUCUUCUUCUCCUGUCCUUGAAGCAAAUCCAGCUGCAAUUUCUCGCUCUCAUUCAUUUCAAGAGAGCACAUAAUUAAUUAAGCUACAUUAUUUUACAUGUUUUAAUAUCUAUAUUUAUAUUUAUAGAUAUAGAUACAUUUGUAUACAAUGUUGUUAUUUUAGUAAGAUUAACUGUUAUAGAACUUCACUACUUACA